CAACCUGGUGAACAAUCUCUUCAACUACCGCCUUGACUCCUUCUUCACCAACAUGCGAGCCCUGCCACUGCUGGCCGACAUCCGCCUGCACUACAACUACUUCUACGGGGAGGUCCCCUCCUUCCUUGUGGGCCUCCCGAAGCUCACUCUGCUUGGCAUGGUGGACAACUACCUAGUGGGGUCGGUACCUGCACUAGCCAGCCAGCUGCGCAUCUUGGAUGUGGGUCACAACUUCCUCACGGACGUCCCAGCAGUCACCUACACCUUCUGUGGCGGCACCAACAACUGCCUGCAAACGCCCUCCAAGUGCACCAACUCCGGAACCUCUCAGAGGCCCGCCGCGGACUGUGCCUUCUGUGGCACCAGCAACGGCGUGGGGCCCUUCUGCACGCCGGGGAAUGGAGUGUGCUCGCCGAAUGCGGCUGCGGCUGUGGCUGCCGGCACUACUAACGUGUUGGCGCAGCCUGCGCUUCCUGUAUCGUGCAUCGGCGCCACAUCGGUGCCCCUCACCGCCGCAAACGCGGCGGCCAUGCUGAGCGUCAAGUCAGCUCUGGCGCUCACCUUCACCACCUGGGCCACCACGAACGCCUGCCAGCUCGCUGGCGCCGCCUCCACUCCUGGUGUGUGGGACACACUGUCCUGCAACAGCAACGGCAAUGUCAUUCAGAUAUACCUCCGCGACCUCGGCAUCACUCGUAAGAGCUUCCCUGCCGACGUCAGCAAGCUCACCGCUUUAACGGGGAUAGUGCUGAUGAACCAGAUUCUGGAUGGCGACCUCGGCAAGUACCUCAGCGUCUUCAGCUCGCUCACCACCUUGAAGUCCCUCUCCCUGCAGUACAACUGGUUCACCGGGACAUUCCCAAGCGUGCUCGUGAGCGCUCUCAGCGUGACAGAGCUGAACAUCUACGAGAACUGUCUGUACGGCACGCUGCCGGCCGCUGUGACGUCGAUAAAGUCGCUGGAAGUGGGGCGCAACUACUUCACGGGCACCAUGCCCACCGGCUCCUCCUGGUCCCACUGCGGCGCUGCCUCCAACUGCCUCGCCAGCACCGGCAACUGCGGCAGCGGCGGGCAGAGAAGCACCGGCUGCACCAGCAUCUGCUCCAGCACGGAUGGCUCGGGCUGUGGGUCAGCGGGCACGUGCGCGGCGGAUACCGACGCAAAGAUCGCCAGCUCUCUCAAGCACACAGCAGGCGUCGACGUGGCGUUUAAGUGUAACUCAAUCCUGAGCGUCCCCAUAAACGCGACGGAUGCUGCCGCAAUGCUGAACAUCAAGAGCGUGCUGGGUGCGACCUACAUCACGUGGGCCGCCACGGCACCGUGCCGCUUAGCCAACAACUCGGUGGCCUAUCCGGGCGAGUGGAUGGGCGUCUAUUGCACGGAUACUGGCAAGGUGGCGACCAUAUCUCUCCUGAAGGAACAACUCAAGGGCUCACUCCAUGCCGACAUCUCCACUCUCACGGCCCUUACCUACCUUGUCUUGCAAAGCAAUCUCCUCAACUACCGCCUCGAUUCCUUCACCACCAACCUUCGCUUCCUGCCACUGCUGGCCGACAUCCGCCUGCACUACAAUUACUUCUACGGGGAGAUCCCCUCCUUCCUUGUGGCCCUCCCGAAGCUCACUCUUCUUGGCAUGGUGGACAACUACUUAGUGGGGUCGGUGCCGGCGCUGGUCAGCCAGCUGCGCACCUUGGACGUGGGUUACAACUUCCUCACGGACGUCCCAGCAGUCACCUACACCUUCUGUGGCGGCAUCAACAACUGCCUGCUCACUCCCUCCAAGUGCACCAACUCCGGGACCACUCAGAAGCCCGCGGCGGACUGUGCCAUCUGCGGCACCAGCAAGGGCGUGGGGCCCUUCUGCUGGGGGGCGGGAGGAGUGUGCACGGCGAAUGCCUCCGCUGCCGUGGCUGCCGGCACUGUCAACGCGGUGGCGCAGCCCUCGCUUCCUUUGGCGUGUGUGGGCGGCACGGCAGUGCCCAUGAAAGAAAGCGCAGCCAUGCUUGCACUGAAGUCGACGCUGGGUGUGACGUUCAACAACUGGGCGGCCACUGUGCCGUGCGCACUCAAGGGCAUGACGCCAUCCAUGCCCACGUGGUCCAAGGUGCUCUGCGACGACAGCGGCAACGUCGUGAGCAUCGAUUUGUCGGAGAUGGGGCUCACGGGGUCGCUCCAUUCCGACAUCUCCAAGCUCACUGCGCUCACCUACGUGAACCUGGAGGGGGAGCUCUUCCAGGGGCCGCUCGCGGACUUCACGCCCAGCCUCUACAAGCUCGCCGCCAUCAAGGACCUCAACCUGGGGUACAACUGGUUCUCUGGCUCUGUACCCACCGGACUCCUCAACCUUCCCACCCUUUCCCGGCUCGUGUUGAGCUACAACUACCUCACGGGCAGCCUGGCAGCGCCGCCCAGAUUGGUAGCGCUGGAUGCAAUCCACAACUUCCUCUACGCCAUAACGCCGGCGCCGUCCAUGAACUGGUGUGACGCGCGCUACAACUGCCUCGCCACCCCCUCCUCCUGCGCCAUGGGUGGCACCACCCAGCGCCCCGCAGCUGACUGCGCCAUCUGCGCCACCACCAACGCGCAGCCGCCUUUCUGCGGCGGCACCGGGGCGUGCUCGGCCGAUUCUGGCCCUGUCGUGGCACAGGGGGUGGUCAAUAUCCCACCGGGCGCGCCCACGGUGCCCAUGGUGUGCGGCGGCAUCCCCAUCGACCCUGCUGAUGCUGUGGUGCUGAUGUCGCUCAAGUCGUCGCUGGGUGUGACACUCAACAACUGGAACCCAGCUGCGGCGUGCACGCUGGAGGGGCAGACGUUGCUGCCCGCGCAAUGGGGCGGCGUGCGCUGCACAGCUACAGGCAAAGUGCUGAGCAUUGCACUGAUGCGUCAGGGGCUGCAGGGCUCCAUUCAUCCCGACAUCUCCAAGCUCACCACGCUCACAUACCUCGACCUGGGCUACAACCUCUUUGAGGGCCGCCUCGACCUCUUUGCCAACCCGCUCAAGCCCCUCUCCUCCCUCAAGGCGCUCUUCUUCCACUACAACUACUUUGCCGGCUCCAUCCCUUCAGCCAUCGCUUCGCUGCCCCAACUCACCUCGCUCGGCCUCUUCUCCAACUACCUCACGGGCACCGUGCCCAUCCCCUCCAAGUCCCUCCUCGCGCUCGACUUGGGCUUUAACUACCUCUCGGGCACCUUCCCGAAGCUCGCGCUGAUGUUCUGUGCGGGCGACAACAACUGCUUCCUCAACUCCACCGCCUGCCGCACCUACGGCAUCGUGCAGCGCCCUGCCGGCGCCUGUGCCAUCUGUGGCUCCGCUGCCGGCCAGGGCGACCUCUGCUUUGGCGGCUCCUGCGCUCCCAGCGCCACUGCUGCUGUCAGUGCUGGCACUAUCAACUCGCCCAAUCAGCCGCUUCUGCCCAUGGCAUGCGCAGACAAUCCCGCCACACCGAUGGACACUGGCUCAGCGCUGGCGCUGUUGAACGUGAAGUCAGCGCUGGGAGUGACGUUCACCAGCUGGAGCUCUGCUUCGCCCUGUGCUGUCGUCAACGCCACUCUCACCGUCGGAGGCACCUGGACUGGCGUCACCUGCUCCACUACUGGCAACGUCCUCAGCUUGAGCCUGUCGAUGGCAGCCCUCACGGGUACCAUGCAUGCCGACAUCUCCAAGCUCUCCACCCUCACCUACCUUGAUCUGUCCAAGAAUAUUCUGCGCGCCAACCUUGACAACUUCACCUCCGCCUUCUCCGCCCUCAAGACGCUCCAGCAGCUGCGUCUCAACAACAACUGGUUCGCAGGCUCCCUGCCUCUGCCGCUCGUGUCUCUUCCCGCUCUCACCCUGCUGGACGUGCAUGCGAACGCACUGACGGGAUCGCUGCCCACCGUGUCGUCAACGCUGCUCUCACUCUUCCUGCACGACAACUUCCUCGCCGGCACCUUCACCCCCACCGCUGCCCUCACUGCCUGCGAUGGCAGCCUCAACUGCUUCACCAGCGCCGCCGCCUGUGGCGCCAGCAGCACCACGCAGAGGGCCGCGUCUGCGUGCGCCAUCUGUGGCAGCGCGGCGGCACAAGGGCUGCUGUGCUGGGGCGGCAUGUGCCUGCCCACCGUCACAUCCACCACCGUCCAUCCGGAUGGGCUCGCCCCUCCGGUCAUGGCCUGCUCUGGUGCGCCCACCAUCUCCCUCCCCCCUGCACGAUCUCCUGUGGUCAACAUGAGCUCCGUUGAUGCGCAAGUGCUGGGGGUGCUGAAGAGUGCGAUAGGCGUGACGUUCAGCACGUGGGCGCCCGCCACCUUCUGCACCGUGGCGCCCACCGCCAUCGUUGCUGGCACGUGGGAUGGCGUGCAGUGCGACUCCCUCGGCAAAGUUGUCAGCCUGCAACUCCCCAGCAGCAAGCUCACGGGCACGCUGCCGCUUGCCAUCUCCAGCCUCGCUGGUCUCACAGCCAUUGACCUCUCCUCCAACCUCUUCCAGGGUCGCCUGGACGAAGUUGCCACGCAGCUGCGCCUGCUCACCAACCUCAAACUCAUCAACCUGGACUACAACUGGUUCUCGGGCUCCGUGCCUGCGUUCAUGCUCACGCUUCCCAGCCUCACCGAGCUCUCCGUGGGCUACAACUACCUCACGGGCGCGCUGCCCCCCGUCACAUCGCCGCUCUCAGCUGUAGACGUGCAGUUCAACUUCCUCGCCGGCACCUUCCCCACGCUCACCCUCACCAGCUGUGCCGCGCGCAUGAACUGCCUCCUCGACGCCACCAAGUGCAACAACCCCAACCGCGCCGCCGAGCUCCCGCGAGCCACAGCCGCGUGCGCCAUCUGCAACACCACCAACGCGCAGGGGCGCCUGUGCAACGGCGGCGUGUGCACCGUCAACGCCACAGACCUGGUUCCUCUCGGCGUGCCCAACAGCGCCGCAUCGCCCUCGCUGCCGCUCAUCUGCGUGGGCGCGGCGUUUGUUGCGAUGGACACGGUCCAUGCGGGCGCCAUGCUGAACCUCAAGGCGUCGCUGGGCGUGACGCUCACGGACUGGGCUGCUGCGUCGCCGUGCACGAUUGCAGGGCAGAACCCCGUGGUGGGCGCGUGGUCCAAGGUGCUGUGUGACACCGCCGGCAAGGUCAUCAGCAUCGACCUCACAUCCCAGCUGUUGAAGGGCACCAUUCAUGCUGACAUCACCAAGCUCACCACUCUCACCUCCCUUUCCCCACCGCACCUGGGCUCCCUACACUCACCUUCGCACCACCACCUGCAUUGCGCACCUUCCUUUGCUUAUGCUCCUCCCGUCAACCCCUGGCCUCCCUCCCGUCAACCCGUUGCUCUCCUCCCUUGCCCUCCCUCCGCCCCUCGGUCCAUCAGCACUCUGGCGAGCAACCUGCUGCAGGGCCGCCUGGCCUUCUUCACAACGGCCUUCAAGGGGCUCUCCGCGCUCAAGAUCCUGUCAGUCGCCACUGCUUGCCCCCUGCCACCUCAGUGCGCUCGGCUUUUCUGCUUGCACCUUUGCCCACGCCCUCCUUGUGCGGCUGUGCUUCUCACCCUCACUGCCCUCACUCAAGCUCCUUGUACCUGUGCUUGCCCUGCCUUCUCCCUCCCCCCGCCCGCCCGCCACAGCAACCUCAAGUUCAACUUCUUCGCCGGCCCCAUACCAUCCGCGCUUCUCACCCACCCCACGCUCACCAACCUGUACCUCUCAACCCCUUCCAACCUCUCGCUACAUGCCAACUGCUUGCCUCCUUCUUUUUGCUGCCUCUUUCCUCCACUUGCUUCGUCCAGAACCUUUCCCCAUGCACCCAUCCAGUACCAUUCUGCACUGCAAUACAAGCCUGCCUGCCCCUGCCCUCUCACUGCCUGCCUUGUACGUCUGUUCUCCACCCACCCGCCUCUGUUGUGCCGCCCUCCCUGUCAGAGACAUGCUACAGACGCCGUGGCCAAUGGGGACGUGCCGUCGCUGUCCACGCCCUAUUCGCCCAUGUACUGCACGGGAGUCAUCCUCGACGCCACUGCUGUCACGGCACUGGGCAACAUCAAGACGGCGCUGGGAGUGACGUUCACCAACUGGGCGGCGCCCACAUCGCUGCUCAAGCCCAAGGCGGCAGCGGGCAGUGGCAGCGUGGCGCUCACGGACUGGACGGUCACGGGCGGCUAUUGCACCGUGGAGGGGGCAGACCCCCGCCGCUGGCUCGUGGUCCGGCCUGCUCUGAAUCUGAACAAUCAGAGGCUCACCGGCUCGCUCCAUGCUGACAUCAGCAAGCUCUCCACGCUCACCAUGCUGGAUCUGAGCUACAACUUCUUCAAAGUGAGCCUGGACACGUGGGCGGCGCCCCUCAAGCUCUCCACCAGCCUGCUCUCGCUCCGCCUCAACAACAACUAUUUCUUCGGCUCCGUGCCCCUCUCGCUCGUCUCCUUCUCCAAGCUCACCAACCUCGAGCUGAACCUGAAUGCGCUCACCGGCACGUUCCCCGCACCCAUCUCCACCGCACUGAAGCGCCUGCUGGUGGACCGGAACUUCAUGGCGGGCACGUUCCCGGCCAACAGCGCCACCUACUGCACCGCCUACGGCAACUGCAUCUCCACCUACACCACCUGCAACUCGCUCUACCCCAACUCGCCCGUCUCCAACUGCAAUAUCUGCGGCAUGACCAAUGCGCUGGGCACAGCGUGCAUGGGCAACCCAUGUGUGCCGGUGACACCGUCGCCCAUCAUAGCCACCAACAGAUGGGACCCCAUGCCCACCAUGCGCUGCGACCCCGUGCCCAUCCAAUCCACCCAAGCGGCGGCGCUGGUGGCGAUGGCACCAGGGCUGUGGACCCAGCCUACGUGCACCAUAGCAGGGCAGGCGUCCAUCCCCGGCACCCUGCCCCUCGUCUUCUGCAACCCUGCCGGCAUGGUCCUCGACAUUGUUCUCUCGGGAGUCAAAGCGAAUGGAUUCUUCCCCACGGACUCCUCCAAGCUCUCCGCUCUCACCAAGCUGGACCUGUCCGUGAACCUCUUCUCCAACCGCCUGGACACCUUCCUCGCGCCCUUCAUUCCCCUCAAGUCCCUCCUCUCCCUGCGGCUUCACCAGAACUACUUCUCAGGCUCCUUCCCCGCCAGUAUCUCCGCCCUCUCCGCCCUCACAGAACUGCGGUUGAACCUGAACUACCUGACGGGCAGCAUGCCGGCAGCCCUACCAGCGACCCUCAAGGUGAUCGACCUGUCGAGCAACUACCUGGUGGGCACCUUCCCCUCCACCACCGCCACCACCGUCACCUGCGCCACCAACUGCCUGCAGGACGCCUCCAAGUGCCCCGCCGGCACGGCCCAGCGCGCCUCCGGCGGGUGCGCCAUCUGUGAGACGCCUGAUGCCACGGGCAGGAUGUGUGGCGGCGGCAUCUGCACGCCCAACGCCACGGCGCUGCUUGCAGCGAGCACGGUGAACACGGGCACGGCAGCCAUGUACUGCCUGGGCGCGUCCAUGGACCCCGUCAUGGGGGCGGCGCUGCUGAACAUGAAGGCGUCGCUGGGAGUGACGUUCACGGACUGGGCGCUCGACGCGCCGUGCACCAUCCAGGGGCUGCCACCACUGGCAGGCGCCUGGUCCAACGUCAUCUGCAACGUCUCCGGCAAAGUCAUCUCGCUCAAUCUGGCGCAGCAGAGGCUCCAAGGGACUAUGCAUGCAGAAAUCUCCAAGCUCACUGCCCUCACCUACAUUAAUCUGCGGUCCAACUUCCUGGAGGGUCGGCUGGACGUCUUUGCUGUCAACUUCAAGGCGCUCACAUUGUUGAAAGAAGCCUACCUGGACUUCAACUGGUUCACAGGACCCAUUCCGUCCACCCUUGUGGGCAUCGCCACCCUCUCCACCUUUUCUGCGAGCUACAACUACCUGUACGGCGCCAUGCCCACGCCAGGCACGGCCCUCAAGGCCAUCACUCUGGACGGCAACUGGCUGUCGGGCACGUUCCCCGGCACCGGCUUCUCCUCCUGCUCCGCCACCAGCAACUGCCUCGCCAGCAGCGGCGCCUGCACCACGCUCAGCACCGUGCAGCGCGCCGCCUCUGCCUGCGCUGUCUGCGACACGCUGGACGGCUCGGGCACCGUGUGUGGCGGCGGCACGUGCGCGCCCAACACCGCUGCGCCUCUCGCGAGCAGCACUCCCAACAGCGCCACGGCGGCCGUGCUGCCGCGCUUCUGUGUGGGCGUGCCACUGGACGCCACACAGGGCAACAUCCUGCUGUCGCUCAAGACCACCCUCGGCGUCACCUUCUCUGAUUGGACCGCCUCCACACUCGCGGCGCCCAAGGCCAGCAACACCAAGCCCAAGGCGGGCAAGAAGCCCAAGGCGGGCAAGAAGCCCAAGGCGGGGCCGCAGCGGCGUGUGCUGCAAGGGAGGGGGUCAGGGCUGCUGUACGACUGGAGGGCCGUGGGGUCGUGCACCAUCGUGGGGCAGACGCCCAUCGCUGGCUCCUGGACUGGCGUGCGCUGCUCGCCGCUUGGCCAAAUCCUUGCCCUUGACUUGCGGAGCCAGCUGUUGAGUGGCACAGUGCACUCCGACAUCAGCAAGCUCUCCACUCUCACCUCGCUGCGGCUGACGUCCAACCUCUUCUUCAACCGCCUUGACUCCUACAUCGUGCCCAUCACACCCACCGCCACUCUCAAGGAGCUCCACAUCAACUCCAACUGGUUCUACGGCACCAUCCCAACCACGCUCGUCAACAUGCCAGCCCUCUCCUUCCUCAUGUUGGGCAACAACUACCUCACGGGCGUGCUGCCCAAGCCAGCGGCGGCAAUGAAGGCGCUGGACACGGAGUACAACUUCCUCUGGGGCACCUUCCCCGCCGCCACGCUCGCCUACUGCUCAGCGCGCGCCAACUGCUUCCUCGACGCCAAAGCCUGUUUCAGCAUUGACGGGGUGGAUCAGAGAGGCGCCGGCUGCAACGUGUGUGGGUCCAGCAACGGGCAGCUGCCGCUGUGCGGCGGGGCGGUGUGCACGCCGGACCCCUCGGCAUAUGUGGCGUCCAAAGUGCCUAACAGCGCCACCGCGCCCACCCUCGCCCUCAAGUGCCCCGCGCUGCCCCUCGACGCCACCUCCUCGGCGGCGCUGCUCAACAUAGGGGCGGCGCUAGGAGUGACGCACACGGACUGGAGUGCCAGCAGCGGGUGCAACAUCAUCGGGCAGGCCAUCGCGCCCAAGUCCUGGCCUGGCGUCUGGUGCAGCGGCAGCGGCGCCGUUGUCUCCCUCAUAUUGGACAACAUGAAGCUCACAGGCACCAUCCAUGCGGACAUGACCAAACUCACAGGCAUCACCUACCUGAGCCUGGGCUACAACCUGCUGUACGGCCGCCUCUCCACCUUCAUCUCCAGCAUCACGCCGCUCACCUCCAUUGUCACCCUCAACCUGCACGUCAACUACCUCUACGACUCCGUGCCGUCCACGCUGCUCAACAUGGCGUCCCUCACAGAAAUGCGUCUGUUUGCCAACUACCUCACAGGCACGCUGCCAGCCGUGGCCACCAAGCUCAAGUACCUGGCCGUCAACAACAACUUCCUGGCGGGCGCCUUCCCCUCGCAGGCCUUCCAGUUCUGUGACGUGCGCAGCAACUGCUUCUCCUCCCCGGGCACCUGCACCAACGCCAAUGGCGUCGCGCAGCGCACCUCCGGCUGCGCCAUCUGCGCCACCACCAGUGCCGCCCCGCCCCUGUGCGGCGGUGCUCCGUGCAUUCUGAACGCGUCUGCCCCCCUGGCGGCUGGCACGGUGAACAGCCUCACGGCCGCCCUGCAGCCGUUCUACUGUGGUCCCGCCACCAUUGAUGCCACUGCUGCGCAAGCGCUGCUGGUGCUGAGGGCGGCGCUGGGAGUGACGCAGAGCAACUGGCUGGUGGACUCGCCGUGCGACAUUGCAGGCAAUCCCCCCAUGCCCGGCAGCUGGGUGGGCGUUGGCUGUGACACCACCGGCCAAGUCGUCUCCCUGGAGCUGCCGAGCAGCGGGCUGAGAGGGAGUCUGCCUGCGGACGUGACGAAGCUCACUGCCCUCACCAGGAUCAACAUGGCGGGCAACCUGUUGGAGGCGCGCCUGGGCGAGUGGGCCACGGGGCUCUCCACGCUCAAGGCGCUCAAACACCUCGCUCUCAACUACAACUGGUUCUCCGGCCCUCUGCCGUCCUAUCUGCUCACCCUCUCCUCCCUCACAACACUCAACGUGCAGUUCAACUAUCUCACCGGCACCAUCACCGGCGCCCCCGCGGCGGCCCUGAAGACGCUCAACGUGGCGUCCAACUUCCUGGCGGGCACCUUCCCAGCAUCGGCCACCACCAUGUGUGACGCGCGCAGCAACUGCCUCACAGACGCCUCCAAGUGUGUCUCCUCGGGCUCCUCCGCCCAGCGCGCCUCCUCUGCCUGCGCCAUCUGCGGCGCUGCCAGUGCGUCCGCGCUGCUGUGCGGGGACGGCGUGUGUGCGCCCAACACCGACUCGGUGGCGCCUAUCAAGUCACCCAACAGCGCAUCCGCUGGCGUGCUGCCCAUGCGCUGCACCGGCGUCCGGCUCGACCCCGCUGCCCUGCCGAUUCUGGCGAACCUCAAGACGGCACUGGGAGUGCCGCACCAGGGGUGGGGCGUGCAGACGCUGUGCUGUGUGACGAAUCAAGUGAGGGGGCCGGACGACAUGUCAGGCGUGUACUGCAGCCCACAGGGCAUCGUGGUGGACUUCUACCUCAAGCAGCGCCUCAUGCGCGGCAUCAUGCACCCCGACAUCUCCAAGUUCACCGCCCUCACCGCACUGGAUCUCUCAAACAACUUCCUCUCGGGCCCCUUGGACCCAUUUGUCUCGCCACUCACCGGCCUCACUGCUCUGGGCUCCAUAGUCAUGAGUUACAACUUCUUCUCGGGCUCGGUACCGGCCUCCAUCACCGCCAUCAAGGCCCUCACCUUGCUGAGCCUGGGGUGGAACUACCUGACGGGCACGUUGCCAGCGGUGGGCACGGCUCUCAAGAUCCUGGACACAGAGUACAACUACCUCACCGGCACCUUCCCCAAUGUUGCCUGGUCCCUCUGCUCCGCGCGCUCCAACUGCUACAAGGACGCGUCGGGCUGCAAGGCCAACAACAAUGCGGGCACGGUGCAGCGCGCCUCCUGCGCCAUCUGCGGCAGCGCGGACGGCACGGGCGUGCUGUGUGGCGGCACCGUUCCCUGCCAGCCCGACCCCACCGCUGUGAAGGCCGCAACUGUGCUGCCCUCGCCCACCACGCCUCAGCUUGCUGUGGGCUGCCCACCCGUGCCGCCAGUCACUACCGACGCUACCGCAGCAUCGGCGCUGAUGAACGUCAAGGCGGCGCUGGGCGUGACAUACACGGACUGGGCGACCUCCUCCACGUGCACAGCCCUUGGCAGCACGGGCGGUGGCGGGUUCACGGGCGUGCAGUGCAACUCCCUGGGCACCCCCGUCAAGAUCUCCCUGGACAGCCAGAAGCUGACUGGCAUUCUGCAUGCUGACAUCACCAAGCUCACUGCGCUCACAUUCAUCUCACUCAAGUCGAACCUCCUCAACAAGCGUCUUGAGGAGUUUGCGAGUCUCAUUCCCUCGCUGCCCAACCUCGCAGUGCUCCUGCUCGACUUCAACUGGUUCUACGGCAGUCUGCCCCCUGCGCUCGUCGCCAUGCCCAAGCUCACAACCCUUGGCCUGUCCUACAACUACCUGACGUACCGUGUGCCACCAUUGGCCGCGGGGCUCAAGGACAUCGACGUGGGCUUUAACUUCCUCUCGGGCUCCUUCCCGGCCAACACCGCCACAUCAUGCGGCGCCAGCAACAAUUGCUUCCAGAGCGUCACCACGUGCGCACAUCCGGCUGCAGCAACUUGUGCCAGGCCACCGCAGGCCAGGGCAUGCUGUGCUACGGCAACGGCGUCUGCACCGCCAACGCCUCGUCGCUUAUUGCCGCCGGGACGCCCAACACUGCCGGCGCAGCCAUUCUGCCGCUGGGUUGCGUCA